AUGAGCAGUAUCUGUGGGCUUAGUGACGAUUUGCUCGUGGCGAUACUGUCAUUGGUUAAGACGAAAGAUGCUGUUGCCACAAGUCUUUUGUCAAAACGAUGGCUUACUCUCUGGAAACUGGUUCCAAGGCUUGACUAUAUUAUUACUCCAUGGUAUGCAUCACAUUCAGGUUCAGAUUUUAUCGAUAAUUUUCUGCUGCUAAGCGAGGCUCCGGUUCUAGAAACAAUGCAUCUCAGACUCGGGUAUAAUUGUAAACCUGAGGAACAAGAAAGAUGGGUUGAUAUUGCACUGGCUAGACAUGUGCGUGUUCUUGAGCUUAUUUAUUCCCGUUCCCCUUCAACACCAAUGCCUUUUCCUAGGAGCUUGUUUACAUACAAUGGCCUUGUGGUUUUACGCCUUCAAGAAGUGGUGAUUAGGGAUAUUCCUUCCACAAUAUUUCUCCAGUCCCUCAAGACUCUGUCCCUUUUAUGUGUCAGGUUCUGCUCUAGGGAUGAUGAACUUGUUCAUACGCUUUUAUCCGCUUGCCCUGUCCUUGAAACACUGGUUGUACGUCGAUGGCUUGAGGACUAUGUUACAACCUUCAAAAUUGCGGUCCCGUCGUUGCAGAGCUUAUACAUCAUGCGCAGACCAGGUGGUCAUGCACAGACAGAUGAUCGUGAGUAUAUAAUCAAUGCUCCUUCUCUAAAGGAUUUAAAAGUUUGUGAUGAGUUUAGUUGGUUCCGUCCAUUAGUGGAAAUGCCGAAGUUGGUGAAGGCAGAAAUCAAGAUUAGACGGGAUGAUUCUAAGAAGCUUUUGGGAUUGGAAAUGCCGAAGUUGGUGAAGGCAGAAAUCAAGAUUAGACGGGAUGAUUCUAAGAAGCUUUUGGGAUGUAUAGCCUCAGCCAAACACCUCUCCUUAUGUGUUACCUCAGCCAAACAAUUACUAAUGGAAAAAUCUGUUGAGAAUCUCUGUCAACUCGAGUAUUUAGAGCUUUGUACUAAUUGCUCUUCAGAUUGGUUAUGUCUUCUACUUAAACAUUCCCCUAAACUGCGAGUUCUGAGGUUCAACAAUCCAACAUCUCAGAUAGACGGCUGCAACUCGUUGAGACGGAUCAGAGAUAGGUGGGAGGAACCGUGUUGUGUACCUGAAUGUUUGGUGACGAGUCUCGAAACUGUUGAGUGGAUUGGGUAUGAAGGAACAGAAACAGAGAAAGAAGUGGCGAACUACAUCUUAGAGAAGGCAUGCCACCUAAAGAAGAUGACUAUAUUCCGGCAUAUCACCAAUUUGAGAAAGAAAUACCGCACUCUGAUAGAUUUGGUGUCCAGGCUGAGCUGUUCUAUCAAAUGUCGACUUGAGGUUGUGCCUUUGGAGCAGCAUUGA